AUGGUCUCAAAUGAAACCCCUCAGUAUAUGGGGAUUAUUCAGUUGCUUCUCCAUUUUGCAUGGAUGUGGGUUGGGCUCUUUGUGGUAGAUGACAACAGUGGAGAACACUUCUUGAAGGCCCUGGAGACAUUGUUUUUCCAGAACAGAAUUUGUUUGGACUUCACAGAAAAAAUCCCAAACCAGUCCAGAUGGGAUUCUUUAAAUGAUUUGAAUGACUUAAUCUCAAAAGUAUAUCGACCUUUGACACAGAGCAAAGCCAAUACUUUUAUCAUCAAUGGAGGAUCUAUGACCAUUAUAGCAAUGAAUACUUGGUUGUUUUUAGGAGAUCCUGAAUAUGAAGAAAAACCAUUAUACAGGAAAGUAUGGAUUACUACAGCACAAAUUCAUUUCAUACAAUCCAGCAUUCUGAAGGGCUUGAGUUUCUACCUCUUUCAAGGUGCUCUAUCAUUCACAGUUUGCACCAAUGAGCUUCUCGGGUUCAAGAAUUUUCUUCAGAACAUCAACCCUUAUUGGACACAAGGCAACGAUUUUCUCAAGGCGUUCUGGGCGCAAGCAUUUGGCUGUGUGUUUCCAAAUCCCAAUGAGCAGAUAAAGAUCAAUGAAAGAUGUACUGGGGAGGAGAGAUUGGAGAGUCUUCCUGGGCCUGUUUUUGAAAUGCGCUUGUCGGGUCACAGUUAUAGCAUCUAUAAUGCUGUCUAUGCGGUGGCGCAUGCUUUGCAUGCCAUGUACUCAUCUAGAUCCAACCACAGAGCAACAGUAGGUGGCAAAAGAGAUGCAUAUCCUGGCAGCUGGCCUUGGGAGCUCCAUUCACUUCUCCAAGGCAUUUCCUUUAAUAAUUCAGCCGGCAAUACAAUGUCUUUUAACAAGAAUAAGGAAAUGGGAGCUGGAUUUGACAUCAUGAACAUGGUCAUGUUCCCCAACAAGUCCUUCCUCCGAGUGAAAGUUGGAAGGGUGGAUGCAGAAGGAAAAGGAUUCGUCAUUCAUGAGGAUAUGUUUGUGUGGCACAGGCAUUUUAACCAGGUGGUGCCCAUUUCUGUGUGCAAUGACCCCUGCCGCCCUGGUUAUCGGAAGAAAAAGAAGGAAGGGGAGAAAUUUUGCUGCUACGAUUGUUCUCCCUGCCCAGAAGGGACGUAUUCAAGCCACAAAGACAUGGAUGAUUGUUCAAUAUGUCCAGAAGACCAAUAUCCAAACAAGGACCAGGAUGGAUGCAUCCCUAAAAUUAUCAAUUUCUUGUCUUUUGAAGAACCUCUAGGAAUCGGUCUAGUUUCACUUGCUCUUUCUUUGUCCCUGACAACAGCCUUAGUCCUUGGAACUUUCAUUAAACAAAGAGAUACCCCCAUCAUCAAAGCCAACAACAGGGAUAUCACCUACACUCUCCUCAUCUUUCUUCUGUUCUGCUUCCUCUGCUCUUUGCUGUUCCUUGGAGAACCAAGAAUGGCGACCUGCUUCCUCCGUCAAGCUGCUUUCGGCAUCAUCUUCACAAUGGUGGUUUCUUGUGUGUUGGCCAAAACCAUCACUGUGGUUGUAGCUUUCAUGGCCACCAAACCUGGGUCCAGCAUGAGGAAGUGGGUGGGGAAAAGACUGGCCAACUCCAUUAUUAUCUCUUGCUCCCUCAUUCAAGUAAACAUUUGUACAGUGUGGAUGGGAACCUCUCCCCCUUUCCCAGAUUUUGACACACAGUCCCUGACUGCAGAGAUUAUAGCAGAAUGUAAUGAAGGCUCUGUCAUUAUGUUUUACCUGGUCCUGGGAUACAUGGGAUUUCUGUCUCUCAUAAGCUUGCUUGUGGCCUUCAUUGCCCGGAAGUUGCCAGAUAGUUUUAAUGAAGCCAAAUCGAUCAGCUUCAGCAUGCUGGUGUUCUGCAGUGUUUGGUUGUGUUUUGUUCCAACCUACCUGAGCACCAAAGGGAAAUACAUGGUAGCCGUGGAGAUCUUCUCCAUCUUGGUCUCCAGUGCUGGAUUAUUAGCUUGUAUCUUUUCCCCCAAGUGCUAUAUCAUUUUGCUGAGGCCUGAACUCAAUAAGAAGGAUCACCUCAUGAGAAAAAAUUAA